UCAAAAAUCAAAAUCAACACACAUGGAAGCACGAACAUUCUCCGUAUAUAUACAUAACAGACAAACAAACGUGUAUUCACAUUCACAUACUCUUGCCUUAAACACAAAACCCUAAACAAAUGGGAAACUCUUUGAGAUGCAUCUCGCAAGACCAAGAACAGAACCAGAAGAAACCCACCGUCGUCAACGGAGGAGGAGAGAGUAGCAACUCCGAGAAACACGUGCGCAGGCUGUCGCUGAUACCAUCUUUCCGUCGCCGGACAUUACUACCGUCUCUCUCCUGCGCCGGAUCAUCAACGUCUGGAUCGUCCACGUCGAAGAAAGGAGGUGUCAAGACGAAGAAGAAGAUCAGAGAAAGACACCACCAAGAGCAUCAUCACCAUGAUAACGAGAAAGACUCUCGUAUCCAAGAACAAACCUUAGCUGCUACAAAUGUGCUCUUUAGCCAGACGCCUCGUAACAGCAACUCUGCUCCUCCUUUUAGACGGUCCACAUCCGUCGUCUAUCCAUCCUCUCAGCCACCUCCCUCCGCCGUGGCCGCCGUCACAGGUUCUGUUUCUGGCGUCCUGACUCCUAAGAAGUCUACUUGUGGAUUCGUGAGGAGCUCCAGCAAUAGGCAGAGAUCAAGCACUGAUCCUGUUCUCAAACCCAACCAGCUUCUAGACAAGGAGCUGAAGGUGGAAGGUGCGGAUACGAAGCGGUUCGUGCUGGUUCAUGGAGGAGGGUUUGGGGCAUGGUGUUGGUACAAAACCAUAACACUCUUAGAGAAACAUGGCUUUCAAGUGGACGCCGUUGACUUGACCGGUUCUGGUGUUAGUUCCUUCGAUACCAACAACAUCACCAGCCUGGCUCAGUAUGUCAAACCCCUCCUCCACUUCUUCGACACCUUGAAACCCACAGAAAAGGUGAUUUUAGUGGGACAUGAUUUUGGAGGAGCAUGUAUGUCGUAUGCCAUGGAGAUGUUCCCUUCUAAGAUCUCUAAGGCUGUUUUCAUCUCUGCUGCUAUGUUGGCUAAUGGCCAAAGCACCCUUGAUCUCUUCAAUCAACAGCCUGAGUCAAGUCAUGAUCUGAUGGAACAAGUCCAUCUAUUCUUGUACGCCAACGGCAAAAAGAGCUCACCAACAGCCGUUGAUUUCGACAGAUCUUUGCUUAGGGAUUUUUUCUUUAAUCAGAGCCCUCCAAAGGAUGUUGCAUUGGCGUCGGUGUCCAUGAGACCGAUCCCGUUCGCACCAGUAAUCGAGAAGCUACACGUGUCUGAGAAGAAUUACGGUUCAAUCCGACGGUUCUACAUCAAAACCAUGGAAGAUGAUUACGCUGUACCGGUUUGUUUCCAAGACGCGAUGAUCAAAUCAAACCCUCCAGAACAAGUAUUCCAGCUCAAAGGAUCCGAUCACGCACCAUUUUUCUCUCGUCCUCAGUCCUUGAACCGAAUACUCGUCGAGAUUUCUCAAAUUCCUUCCAAAAAAUCUUCCUAAACAUGUAACCGGUUAUGUCAAAACCAAACCGUACCGGACAUAGGAUCCCGUAAACGUAAAGCUAGAGAUUGCCGGAUUUGAUUUCUUGGAGUUUGCUGCAGAGAUAUGAACAUCCCAUAUGCUAUCCUUUUUCAUUAUUUGUAACUUUUCUAUCAAACAGUAAGAGUUAAUAUAUAAUUUUGAUUAAUUAAUGCAAAAUAUCAGAAAAGUGAAAGUAAUUAGUGGA